UUCGGGCAGCAGGGGUCGCCCUGGCCCCCACACGCCCCGCACCCAGGGCCUCGCCAUGGCCGGGUUUCCAGCGUCUUUACGGAGCCUUGGACCCCUGUGCGAGGCGGCCCUGGGGGGGCUCCCCCUGCCAGGGGGUCCCGAGUGCGGGGGCCCAGGUGGGGCCGCCCGGGUGCUGCUGCUGGGGUUGGAACUGGGGACCCCUGGUAACCUGGCUCCCCGAGAAUCGGGAACCUCGGAGCUGUGGGCCCCCGAGACGGGGACUCCUGGAACCCCCCCCGGCCCCUUGGCGACCCCCCGGUUGGACCUGGCACUGCUGUCGGCGAGCGCGGUGCGGGCUCUGUGUGCGGGGCUCCACGGGGGCCCGGCGGGGGCCGGGCACCCGUCGGGCCCCGACUCCAACUGGGAUCGGCGGCCACGGCCACACGGGGUGCGCUGCACUGGCCCAGGAUCACCUGCGCGUGUGGAGGACUGCCCUGGCCCGGUGCUCCAGGAGGGCUACCGAUCCGUGCUGAGGGAGCUCCUGGGCACCACGGGAACCCUAGGCUCCCUGCUGGACGCCCUCCUGUGCUCCCCUGAGGGUCUCCUGUCCCACUGCGCAGUGCAGGUCGCCACCGCGCUGUGCCUGCUCCUGGAGAGGGAGGAGGUGCCGAAUUUUGAGACGAGCGCGUGGGUGAGCGCGUGGGUGAGCGCGUGCGUGUCUCGGCUGACGGGGGCCCUGAGCAGGACCCAGCUGGCCACCCUGGGGCAGGCCGAGGCGGCGUGGGCCCUGAGCGACCUUGUGAGCGCCCUCGCCCGGGAGGAGGCCUCCAGCGGCCGGACCUCAGAGGGCCUGGCACACGUCCUGCGCUUUCUGGAUCCGGUGUGGCCGACUCUCAUGGACCGGGUCUUCACCCACGCCCCCCAAAUACCAUCGCCACCGCCACCACAGCAACCGCUGCUGCUGCUGGCGCUACUGGAGCUGCAGGACGCCCUUGUGCGCUCGGGGAGUCCAGGCGCCGCCAGUCGCUUUCCCUUCAGCUGCGACGGUGCCCGCUGCUUGCUGAGCUUUCUGGCACGGCCGGCCGCCCCCUAUCCAGCCGUGCGCCGGCUCGCUGGCCAUCUCAAGCGCUGGCUGGUGCGGAGCGCACGGCGGCGCGCCGACACCUCCUGCAACGCACACCCCACCGGCGUACACCGGUGUGCGGACGCAGAGGGUGUGGUGUGCCUAGCACGGACACUGGUGCAUGCAGUGCACACGGGCUUGCUGCAGAGCAUCCACAUCCAUCGUGCGGCAUACCACCUCGGGGGCCAGGCCAGCUCCUCUCCACCCUGGGAGGAGAGUGCUGCCUCACAGUUACACCGGGAGGAGCAGCUGUGUAUGGGAAGCUGCCACAUCAGCUCUGAUAGGUCGUCAGGAGUCCCGUCCUCGUACUUUGAGUGGCCGGCCAUUGACCUCGUGACUCUGCGGGGGGUGGUGCUGUCCGUAUUAGUGGCGGCCGUGGUGUGUGCGGCCAACCUGGACUCUGCGGGCGUGCGGACGUGCGUGGGGGCCGCCGCCCGUUUUGCGCUUGGGUUCCUCGACGGCCCCGCGGGCCCCUGCACCUCCUCACCGCUGACCUCCCACCGGUGCCUGUGGCUCGUGACCCUGUUUGGAGACCAGGACGACGAUCUGGUGGAGGCGGCCAUGAGCCUCCUGCUGCUGCGACCCCACCUUGACCCCGACGAUGACGAGGACGAUGGCGGCGGUGCUGCCAUCCCGUGGAGUGAGCGCGUCGGCGUCGGCGCAGUCUGCGCCUUCGUGAGCAUCGUGCGCCACGCUUGCUUCAGCCCCGUGGUGCUACUCGACCUGCUCAUCUCCAGCGAGACGCGCUUCCUGCAGCUGCUUGUACUGGUGCUGCGCCAUGUGCGUGCCACACCGCAUGCCCUGGCACAGGCUUGCCUCACCGCCGACCUUCACGGCCACACUGGCCCCACCGGCGCCACCUCCCCGCCCACCAGGAUUCACCGUGGCCAGGGUGACCAACGCAAACCACCGCCGCCACGGGGAGAGGAGCGGAGCCCCGAGCGGAGGAGCCAGAGACGGCGUCAGAACAGUGUCUGCAAGCAAGGGGCAGUGGCGGAGGAGGAACUCGGGAAGAAAAAGCUGCGCCGGCUUGUCGACUACGAGUCCUCGGAGGACGACGCCGAUGGCGGCGAACGAGGGACGCACUGGGCGAGUGGUCCUGAGAGCCGGCAACUCUGCCUUCGUGACGACGAAAAUGGUGCUCGUGUAAACGAGGAUAACGAUGAGAGUGACGAUGAUGAUGAGAGUGACGAUGACCAUCUCAAUGAUAGUGAUGUCGAUGACGGCGACGACAGUGAUAACGAUGACAAUGAAAGCAGCGAUGCUGCCGAAGGUGUGCAUGGCGACGACGCCGUGGCCGAUCUAGACGAGGUAGAUGAUGAUGUAGGCGGUGGCGUGGUGGCGCCGGUGCCCACGCUGCUGUCCGUGCUCCACUGCCUCUCGGGGCUGCAGCUCCGCGUACAGCGCCUGUGCCGGCGCCAUCUCUUCCCGUACGACGCGCGGCCACUGCUCAGGCUGCUGAGCCAGGCGCAGGCCUCCUGCGCAGGCCUCUGCUCCAGCUCAAGACCUUCCUCUUCUCCCCUGCCUGUGAAUACCUCUAGCGCUUCCACAGACUCUCACAGAGACCCAUAGAGACCUACGGCUGCUUGUCUAAAAUAAACGUGCCCACUCGUUCUGUGCAGA